GUCCUGGUGAGCUUUGUGCGCAUGUGCGGGAAGGUGAGGGUGUUUGGGGGGCCUCGCCCAGGAGAGUGAGGUGCUGGUCUCUGGAACCCGGGUGGCCACAUGGAGGCCCCGGCGUCCCAGCCGGUGAAGCAGGAGAACCUGGCCGUGGAGACCCUGAUGCUUGACUCUCCGUGGCACCGCUUCCGCCACUUCCAUCUGGGUGACGCGGCAGGGCCACGUGAGGCCCUAGGGCUGCUCCGUGCCCUGUGCCGGGACUGGCUGCAGCCAGAAGUACACACGAAGGAGCAGAUGCUGGAGCUGCUGGUGCUGGAGCAGUUCCUGAGUGCCCUCCCCGCAGACACCCAAGCUUGGGUGUGCAGCCGCCGGCCCCAGAGCGGAGAGGAGGCUGUGGCACUGCUGGAGGAGCUCUGGGGCCCAGCAACCUCCUCAGAUCGGUCGUCAGCAAUGAGGACACCUCGGAAUACAACAGAAGGCUCAGGGGUCGUUGCUGGAAAAGAAGAAAGUGGGGUGAUUCCCUUAGGAACGGGGGCCUCCGGAACAGAGGUGGCUGCAACGGGGAACGCCGGGACCACGCGCCCCUACAAGCAGGAGCCUGGCAGUCCCCCUCCACCUCCACCGGUACCCGUCAUCCCUGCCUUUCUGGCGGCCCCAGGCACCGUGUCGUGCCCAGAGUGCGGCAAGUCUCCCCUUAAACCGGCUCACCUGCUGCGCCACCGGCAGAGCCACUCUGGUGAGAAGCCCCACGCGUGCCCGGAGUGUGGCAAAGCAUUCCGGCGCAAGGAGCACCUGCGGCGCCACCGUGGCACGCACCCUGGCAGCCUGGGGCCUGCACUGCGCCCCCUGCCGGCACGUGAGAAGCCGCAUGCAUGCUGCGAGUGCGGCAAGACCUUCUACUGGCGCGAGCACCUGGUGCGCCACCGCAAGACGCACUCUGGCGCGCGGCCCUUCGCUUGCUGGGAGUGCGGCAAGGGCUUUGGGCGGCGCGAGCAUGUGCUCCGCCACCAGCGCAUCCAUGGCCGGGCGGCUGCGGUGGCGCAAGGGACCUCAGCACCGGGUCCAGAGGGUGGUGGUGCCUUCCCGCCCUGGACCCUGGGAUAGCUGUGGUUCCAGACACCUGCUGCAGGGCAUCAUCCCCUUAGAACCCCCCACCCCAUUGCCUUUUCCUUACCCAACGGUUGCCUUCCCAUUCGGGCCCUGUGUUACUCCUUCCUCCCUUCCGAAGCUAUCAGCGUUCCCCCCCCCCCCCCCCCCCCGGGAAAGAUUCUUCUCUCCCUCACUCAUUCCACCCCCUUUUCGUGAAGUGGAGACCUGCCCCUUUUCAUGUGGGAAAAGGAGAUCAGGAAAGGAACAAAGCCCCUGCUUCCCCCCUCCCCCCAAGGAAGGCGAUCUUGAUCUUGGUCCCUAGAACAGAGUUGGGGCCAAAGGAGAGGGAGGCCCAGACCCGGAUCUGGUUCUCUCCACAGCCCAGAGGAGUGAAGUGGGCAGAGGUGCCCGAGAAGCUCAUCACAGGUGGCAGGUCAACAGCAUCUGAGAGAGUAAUAAAGUGACUGACUCUGUGUA